AUGAUGAAACCCUUUCUGGGUUAUGAAAAUUUGGGUGGAUUUCUCCUGUUUAUCGUCUAUUUCUUGUCUGUUUCGAUCAUUUUUGUUCAGUCACAGUCGAGCGCGAACGAUGCUGUUGUAAUGCAGGCUCUGAAAUCGAAUCUCAGUCCACCCAAAUCACUCGAUUGGUCCGAUCCUAAUCCAUGUAAAUGGCAGCAAAUUCAGUGCUCAAGAGACAACCGGGUCACCAGGAUCCAAGCCGGUAACCAGAACCUCAAGGGUUAUCUUCCGCAGACACUCAACAACCUCACGGAACUACAAGUUCUGGAAUUUCAAAACAAUCAACUCACCGGCUCACUCCCGAGUCUCGCCGGGUUAACUCAGCUCCAGAACCUUUUACUCAGUUACAACAGUUUAACUUCAAUACCCACCGAUUUCUUCGACGUUUUCUCGGCGACAUCGGCCAACAUCACAGGAAAAAUCCCGGAUUUCUUCGGCGGUGAUGCGUUUGCGGGGCUGACAACUCUGCAUUUAUCGUUUAAUUAUCUGGAGGGUGGGUUACCGAGUUCGUUUUCGGGUUCAUCGAUUCAAAGCCUUUGGUUGAAUGGUCAGAACAGUAGGUCUAAACUAAACGGAACUCUCCAAGUUCUUCAAAACAUGACGCAACUGACUGAAGUUUGGCUUCACGGGAACUUGUUUUCCGGUCCUGUACCGGAAUUUUCAGGGACCAACUCCAAGUUUUGA